AUGAAGGGAAUCAUUGGCGCGACAGCGAUUCUUAUCGCCGGCGCUACUGCCACUGGCACUUCGUCUGCCUCUGGCUCUGCCCCAACAGGCGCUGAAUACGCGUCUGGCUUUGACAUGACCAAGAGCUGGGCCAACCUGAGCCCAUACAAAGACGCCACUAGCUUCGGCUUGCCUAAGGGUGUGCCUCAGGGAUGUGAACUGUCGCAGGUGCACGUUCUGCAUCGUCAUGCGGAGCGGUACCCCACAGACUACCCUCUUGACGGUGCAGGCAUGCAGGACUUUGCGGCCAAAUUCACCAACUAUAGCAAGGCCCACCCCGGCAAGAAGAUUGGUACCGGUCCAUUGAAGUUCCUGAAUGAUUGGGACUAUGUAAUUGGCUCGGAUAUUCUGAUGGAGACUGGUGCUGCUACCGAAGCUACCUCCGGUGCCCAUUUCUGGAUCAAGUACGGCCGACUUCUCUAUCGUCCUGACCGGGACCAUGUUGCUGCUUGGAAUGAGUCUCUCAAUGUCUGGCCAAACGGGACUGCUCGCCCCAAGCCUGUUUUCCGAACCACUUCUCAAAGCCGUAUUUUGGAGAGUGCUCGCUGGUGGCUCAGUGGUUACUUUGGUAACAGCGGUGCAAACAGCUCUUACGACCAGUAUGAUCUGGUUGUCAUCCCUGAGACAUCUCCCUUCAAUAACACUCUGGCUUCUUACGAGUCUUGCCCCGGAGAUAUGACUGAAGGUGACAAUGCCGCCGAAACUUUCAUCUCACAAUACACCAAGGAUGCCCGUACCCGUCUUUCGCAGUACUUCCCCAAGGACUUUAAUUUGACCGCGAUGGACGUCCUAGCCAUGCAAAACCUCUGCGCAUACGAAUACACCAGCUUCGCUGGCUCAUCUUUCUGCUCGCUCUUUACCGAGCAAGAGUGGAAGGACUUCGCUUACAACGUCGACAUCCAGUACUAUGGUGACUACGCCUACGGCUCACCGACCGGCCGCGCUCAAGGCAUCGGCUACGUCCUCGAACUAGCUGCCCGCCUGCAACACAAGCUGAUUACCACAAGCGACACCAGUAUCAACUACACAUACGACAACAACGAAGCCCAAUUCCCCUUCGACCAGCCCUUCUACAUGGACAUGUCGCACGAUGACAUUAUCUUGUCCGUAAUCAACGCCCUCGGCCUCGAUCACUUCAAAUUCGGUCCCAACGGUCUGCCCAGCGACUUGCCCCAUGCUCCAUCCCAGCGCGCCUUUGCCCUAAGCGAUAUGACCCCCUUCGGUGCCAGACUCAUGUCGGAGAUCUGGUCUUGCCCUGCCAAUACUUCGUUCGAGGAGUUGGACCCCGUGCUGUAUACCAACCCGACUCUCAAGAGCAAUGAUACUACCAAGUAUAUUCGCUUUGUACUGAACGGUGCCCCGCUGCCGACUAAGGGCCUUGUUGGCUGUGAAGGUGCUAAGAAUGGGUUCUGUCCUGUGGAUCGGUUCUUGCGUGGUGUUCCGACCCUUAAGAAGAAUGCUCAGUACCAGCAUGCUUGCUUCGGCAAGUAUCCUACCGGCCACCAGGUCUCAGAUGGUGUUCCCCGCUCUUAA